UCGAUCAGAUUUUCGAGUUGCCGUUCAUUCACAACCCUAAUGCUGAGUUGAAUCAAUGGCGAAGGUCGGAGGCAGUGGCGCGGAGCUACCCCGGCGGGAGGCAAGCGUGCUGAAGGGUCACGAAGGGCCGGUUCUGGCGGUCCGCUUCAACGGGGAUGGAAACUACUGCCUCAGUUGCGGCAAGGACAGAACCCUCCGCCUCUGGAACCCCCAUAAGGGCAUCCACAUCAAGACCUACAAGUCCCAUGGCCGCGAGAUCCGCGACGUCCAUGUCACCUCGGACAACGCAAAGCUGUGUUCCUGCGGCGGCGACCGCCAGAUAUUCUAUUGGGAUGUUUCCACCGGCCGCGUCAUCCGGAAGUUCCGAGGCCACGACAGCGAGGUGAAUGCUGUCAGGUUUAAUGUAUAUGACUCAGUCGUAGUGUCGGCUGGCUAUGACCAAUCAGUUCGUGCAUGGGAUUGCAGAUCACAUAGUACAGAGCCGAUUCAGAUCAUUGAUACAUUUCAAGACAGUGUAAUGUCUGUUUGUUUAACAAAGACUGAAAUUAUUGCUGGAAGUGUAGAUGGAACUGUCCGCACAUUUGACAUACGAAUUGGGAGGGAGAUCGUGGACAGUUUGGGGCCGGCUGUCAACUGUAUUUCUCUGUCAAAUGAUAGUAACUGUGUCUUAGCAAAUUGUUUGGAUUCGACUAUACGCCUUCUUGAUAGGACCACUGGAGAACUUCUGCAAGAGUACAAGGGACACACCUGCAAGUCUUACAAGAUGGAUUGCUGCCUAACAAACACUGAUGCACAUGUUACGGGUGGAUCUGAGGACGGCACAAUAUAUUUCUGGGAUCUAGUGGAUGCUUCUGUCGUUUCUAGUUUCAAAGCACAUCGCUCUGUGGUGACGAGUGUGAAUUUUCACCCAAAGGAAUGCUGUAUGCUAACAUCAUCUGUUGAUGGCACAGUGCGCGUAUGGAGACAGUGAACUGGAGAAUCAUAUUGUAGUUACUGGAAGAGGGAAAUAUAGAAGCUUUCAGUGCAGAUGCAGGGAUCAAGAAUGAUCUUGCUAUGACCUGUAAGUUAUUGGACUGUACCUUUUUAUUUUUAAAAAAUGAUGUGUAAAUUCAGCUUAAUUUGAGACUUUUAUUUUGAAAGCCGCUGAGUUCCGGAACAUGCAUAAGUUCACAAAUAACAAAGUGAAUUAUUUUCCGUUUCUUGCACUU